GUUCAGUUCCAAAGGUUAAUCUGGGACAAAUCUUAAAAACAGCGGUGCACGCUCCAACUCCACACUGAAAACGCCAUCAUGAGGUCACUGGUUCUUGGUGUGCUCCUGUGCGCUCUACCUUCAAUGCUCAACGCUGCAUGCUUCAUGACUCAGACUACAGGCAAGACCCAUUGUUGGGACAGCGCAGAUAAGACGUGGUAUGCUGCGGGCUACAACUGGAGAAACCGCGACUGUAUGGAAUGUAGUUGUAUCUCUAGACCAUCAAAGAACAUUAAAUCAGAAAUGAGCUGCUGCCACGCAUAUCCAACUGGUAUUACAAUCCCGGAUGAUUGUGUCUCUGAGUUUGAUCAGAAAACAUGUAAACAUAUUAUCCAUAAAAAAGACGAUCCAUCCACUGAGUGUGGGAUCAUCAGCGCUGUGGGAUAAUGAUGCAGUUCUUUAUGUUACUGUGAAGUGAAUGAAAUUGUGUCGCCCUGUAUGUGUGUCAUCUCAUGUAACCAAGAUGUGUCAAGCUGCAUCCUGACACUGAGUUUCACCUAAUAAAAAUACAAAUAUGAACUGUG